UGCUACGACCCGCGGAGCCGCAGCGCGCUCUGGGUCAUCGAGCAGCUCAACCGGGACACGCUCAGCGGCGCUUCGGACCGCGCCGCCUGCGACUUCCAGGAGGACGACUCGGUGCACGAGUAUCACCGCGCCACCAACGCCGACUACCGCGGCAGCGGCUUCGACCGCGGGCACCUGGCCGCCGCCGCCAACCACAAGUGGAGCCAGAAGGCCAUGCGGGACACCUUCUACUUGAGCAACAUCGCCCCGCAGAAUCCUCAUCUAAACCAGAAUGCCUGGAAUAACCUUGAGAAGUACUGCAGAAGCUUAGCAAGAAACAACAGGAAUGUCUACGUCUGCACAGGACCCCUCUUCCUGCCCAGGAUGGAGGCUGAUGGGAAGAUGUAUGUGAAGUACCAGGUGAUUGGGAAGAACAAUGUGGCUGUCCCCACCCAUUUCUUCAAGGUGCUCAUCUUGGAAAAGGAGAGUGGGGAGAUUGAGUUGCGCUCCUACGUGAUGCCCAACAGCCCUGUGGAUGAUAAAAUCCCCCUGGAACGGUUCCUGGUUCCCAUUGAGAGCAUUGAGCGAGCCUCAGGGCUCCUCUUUGUCCCAAACAUCCUCAGGAGAACAAGUAACUUGAAAGCCAUCACAGCUGGAAAGCACUGAACCCUGACCAGAACAAAUCCAGGUAGGGACUGGCAGUCACCUGCAGAAUUAUUUCCUUGUGCAGUUGUAAAUGUGGGAAUUCAGAUUCAAACAUGUGUUUCUCUCUACCUUUCCCCUUGUGCCUAACUGAAACACAGACACACAACAGGUCUCCAGAGUGGUCAGGCAGGAGGCUCAAGGGCACCACUGCUGCCUUGGAGUUGUGUGAGGCUCACUCAGGCACAAAGGGAAGUCACUAACUGUUGCUGUUUAGCAGGGAAGGAAGGGAGCAAGAUGGGUGCCAAGGGAGGAGAGAAGUUCCUGCCUUCCUGUGGCCAAAGAACUGUACCAUUGUUUUUUUUCAGAAGAUGGUUUUAGCAGUAAAGCUUUGAACACCCAUGGUA